AUGCGUCGUGCUCAACAUAUCAACAAGGAAGGUUUGGCACUUAUUGAGAGAUUUGAAGGUUUCAGCCCUAAUUUUUACAAGGAUCCAGUGGGAAUCAAAACUAUUGGUUAUGGUCAUGCUUAUCAUGUCAAUGAUUGUAGUAAAAUCCGCCCUCCCAUCAGUCGCGCUGAAGGAGAAGCAUUGCUCAAAAAGGAUUUAGCCAGAUUCGAAAAAUGCGUUGAGUCACUCACUCGGGUUAAACUAAAUUCUAAUCAGUUCUCUGCCUUGUGUUCAUUUACCUUCAACAUUGGCUGUGGUGCUUAUCAAAAAUCUACGUUACGUAGAAAGCUUAACGCUGGAGACACCAAAGGUGCUUCCUUGGAGUAUAGGAAAUGGGUUUAUGGUGGUGGCAAACCAUUACCCGGUUUGGUGAAACGCCGUUAA